UUCCGAGCGGCCCCACGUGUGCGCGCGGUGGGGCUAGAGCGAGGGGGACUCGCUUCGCCCAGCCGGGGCACCCGGCUCCGCGGCCAUGAGCGGGGCCGAGGGGGGCGCUCGGCGCUCCCAGGCCUUCCGGCUGCCGGGGCGACACGGCUACGCGGUGGAGUUCUCGCCCUACCUGCCCGGGCGCCUGGCCUGCGCCGCCGCGCAGUACUACGGCAUCGCCGGUUGUGGAACUUUGGCAGUGCUGGAACAAAAUGAAGCUGGGAUUUGUCUUUUCAGGAGUUUUGACUGGAACGAUGGCCUGUUUGAUGUGACAUGGAGUGAGAACAAUGAACAUGUGCUGGUGACUUCUAGUGGGGAUGGAUCUCUGCAGAUCUGGGACACUGCUAACCCCACAGGUCCACUGCAAGUCUAUAAAGAGCACACUCAGGAGGGUGUCCUGACAAGACUGGGCCAAGAGAGGCACCCAGAUGACUCUGCCACCUCUACUGGCUCCAUAAUGAGGUUGCAAGUGAAAACAUCAGAGACAGAAACUGCAUUUUCGGUCUUUACUAUUCUUUUCUCUCCUCUUUGUUUUUCACCAUUUCAUGCAACUUUAUUGGCCUCCUGCUCCUAUGAUUUUACUGUGAGAUUCUGGGAUUUUUCCAAGCCUAACCCCUUGCUGGAGACUGUGGAGCAUCAUACAGAGUUUACAUGUGGACUAGAUUUAAGCCUUCACAACCAUGGUCAGGUGGCAGACUGCGCUUGGGAUGAAUUAGUGAAGAUCUAUACCCCAUCAUGUCUGGCAGCUCCUGUGUAGCUCCCCACUUUGCUCAGUGAAGAAAGAGAGCUGACUUGGCGGGAAGCUUUCUCUGCUCCCAAGAAACUAAACUCAUACUAGAUGUGUUGAUAAUGUGGCUUUAAUCCUCAUGUCUCUUUUUAAAUACGAUUUGUAGUUUUAACGGAAGAUGUUAUGCAUUUGAAGAUACAUUUUCAGUGCAAAUGUGGGGACCCGUAUUAAGGAUGGUUCAACUGUACACACAGUGCUUAAGGCAGCAAAAUAAUGCCUAGGUGAUCAAAGGCUGGCAGGGGCAGACAUUUUGCUGGGGGCAGUGCCAGCCAGGUUUGUCUUUGGGGGGUUACAUGGGUAAACGUCUUGACAGUGGGAGAUGUGAAUCAGAUUUCCUAAUCCUGAUAAAGAAUAAAGACAAAUGGCAAUUUAUUUUGAGAUACUGGCGCUAUUUUAAAAAAAAGAGGGGAGGCGUAUUUACUGUAAAAUAAUGCAGCAUCAACUUGAGGCUUGUGUCACUCAGUUGAUUUGAUAUUGAUACGUUUUGCUCCAAAUUCGUGUCGCAUUAUUUUCUUGUGUAAUAUGAUGAAUGCUGUUGAUAGACCGUUAAUGUCACACUAUAACGAGCUGCUUCCUUUGACCUUUUUGUUCACUGUUUCAUGAUGGCAGAAAAGAUUAUUUCCAUUUAGUCUUUUUAUUCCCCAUAGGUUUUCAGAUAAAAAGCUUGAUGGAGGGUCAUACCAAAAGAAAUUCUGUUUUAGAUUAUGCUCAGAGAUCACAAAAUAGAGACACAUUGUGAUGGGAAAUCCUCAAAAGAAUUAGGCAUUCUUUUUUUUAAUGCUUAUCCAAACUUCUUUGCGGCUCUCACACAGACAUUGUAAUAAUCCUCAUCUGCGUCAGACCCCUUUACCUUCAGAGACUCCUUCGCAGGGCCCAGCACUUUCAGCAGCCUCUUCGCAGUGCCCUAACUACUACUGAACUCAAAUGUUGUAUGCUCCCAGGUAGUGUAUCCCAGAGUUGGUGAGAUUUGCAUUAAGCCAUGGCCAAAUGUCUGAGGGUGCCCAAUCUGCUGGAGCAUUUGAAGAUACAGGGUGGGGAGAGAGCAUUCAGAGAUGAGGAACUGGAUCUUAUUUCAGAGUUACAGGUAAAGGAGGAAUGUGUCCUAUUUUAGAGAUCGGAACCAGGGGCUACUGGACAGCCAUGCACAGAUAGCUGUGCCUAGAUUAGGAGGCAGGGUGAAAUAUUAAAUUCUUUUCCACUUCUGAGAUGUUUGGAUUCUGCAUCAUUCUUAUUUUUCUAAAAUCAGGUGAUCUGUUCCUGCAUAUCAAGCCCUGUAGCUGAAUUAGAAACAAAAGUUUUGAUUGUGCAGUGUUAUAAAAUAUGACACAGAUUUUAAAAUCAUGAUGCCUUUUCAUUUUAGGUGCUAAGAAAUGAGACAACCAUAAAGCUAUGCUGCUUAUAGCUUUUACUAGUACCAUGGGCC